UCCACUCUACGCGUUUUUAUACGCAGUGCCACUGAUCAGUGUUGAGCAAGGCACUACAAUUCGACUGUUGGUGUGCCUGCACGUAAUUGAAUCAGUUCAGUAUAGAAAUAUAGUAAUACUUGCACACAAAAGGGAGUCCACGUCGAAGUACUUCGGUAGCGCGUUUAAGUUGAAGCCGGGAAUCGAUCAAAAUGCGCCUGCGGUCGCAAAGCUGUUUUAUGUUGCUCCUCUUGGCAGCAGCGCUAAGCAUCAUGGGAGUCUUCACCACAAUCGCCUACAUCCUAGAUGAAACCUAUACCGAGACAAAUCGAAACACUGAGCAGAGACUACGCAACACGAAGACCAAUCGAAAUGCCGAGGAGAGACCACGCAACACUCAAACAGAGAGAUUAGUGACGACUACCGCACCUUCCAAGGUGAGACGUAGCGAUGUCAAGCACAUUGAUCGUGAAGGAGCUCUCGUGCUGGGGCACAGUCGAAAGAACAAAGGCUUUCUAACAAUUGGGAUCCCUGUUUCUCGUGCAAGCGGUGAAAGUAACCUUCGACUGACCUUGGAAUCUCUUAUAAAGAGCACUACGGUCGCCGAAAGGGCAUGGCUGACUAUCGUUGUCUUCGCCCGUGAUUUGGACCAGGGUUCCCGGCAAGCGGUGCGGGCCGUCGUGGCCAACUUUACAGAGCCCCUCCGCACCGGCAUGCUACAGCUUAUCCAGAUCCCGCAGUCGUUUGCGUUCCACUUGGGUCGCACUGCGACACAGGGCGCCGGCGACGGGCAGGCAAUAGAGAAUAGGGACAACGCCUUCCUCAUCGCCUACAGUAGCAACAUGUCCAACUACUACUUGCAACUGGACGGCCGCGUUCAGGCGGUUUCCGGCUACGCCGCUGCUAUUCGAGACUUCAUCAAGUCUCGGGGUUCCAGGUAUUGGGUGACCCUCGAGUUCGGUCUCAGGCCAACAACAGGCAACCUGAUCCGCCUAGGGGGACGGGAUGAAGCACAACUCAAGUACCUCUUGGUUGAAUUUGGCGCGAAACUUCCCGUCGACAAGGUGUACGAUUUUUUCAAGAAGCUGAACGCUCAGAAAUAUCCAGCCAUGCGUAGGCCGCCCCUUUUUGAACCACUGCGGAAACUUUAGCAUUGUACGCUUCAUCGAUACACUCUUUUUGGAUGUGACACAUGCUUACUGACACAGGUCAAUCAGAAUUUCUCAAAGGGGCAAAUGUACGGGUAAUAGGUAAAUCUGAUAAGUGGAUCUGAUGAAGGGGUUCCAAUUAUUGAAUGACGAUGUGUCAUCUUACUCCCAAAAUAGAAAUGGAAAUUGCAUAAAAAUGUGGGGAGGUACCCGUGUUUAAUCUUAAGUGGAGCACGCCCUCAACAUUUUUCCUUUAUGUUUAUAUUGUUGCAUAGCAACAUAUCUGAUUACUUUCAAACUUAGAUGAUUGUGUUCCUACGCCUUUAGAGCACUGAUCUGUAUUAAAGAGAUACAGUGCUAUAGAGCCUAAAAGUUGACCCCUGAUGGCGCACUUCCGGAACCCCCUUGGAUAGCAAAAAUAACGCGCAAAGAUUUUACAUCUUGUAAUUUUUUUUUUUUCACUUUCUUCUUAAAAAAUCCUACUCAGAAAAAGACUUUGAAAAAUAUUUGCUAAUACAUGUAUAUCAUUUGUUGAAACUGAGAAAUUACUUGAUCUAAUAGAGAAAUAUCUUGCCAAAAAUUGACCCAUCACUUCCGAAAACCUAAAAUACAUGAAGAACAGUGCAAUGCGGCAGUCUUGUACGCAAAUGAACACAAUCAUGUAUUUACAGUUUGAAAUUUUUCGGUAGCCUGUUGGUAAAAGCCAAAAUAAAAACAGCUCAAAAUGUUUUACA